AUGUCAGUUAAAGUUAACGUCGGAAACCUAAGCCUCCGUAUCGGGGCCGUUCCCCUGACACAAGAGGAGUUCGCGCCAUUUGGAGACGUUGUCUCCAACCCACGACCAAGUCUUCUUCCAUCAAAACACGCAUCUGAAGGUGUUUCUCUCCCAUACAACGGCACUACUGCCAAUCAAGGGACAGCAAUUCGCUAUGCCGAUGUCAGCAGGCCUCAGGACCUCCUCUCACAGGCUCCCAGCAGCAAUGGCCGGCUGAUCAUGAGCCAAUUCGUCUGCGAAGCAAGAACUUUGGCACCUGCAAGCGAUGACGCUUCGCAGAGCGACUUCGCCGUCAACAUUCUUGAACGGCACCCAUUCACUUCUCAAACAUUUGCUCCACUCGCCUCUACCGCUUCAAGCUACUUGGUCAUCGUGGCCCCAUCUCUGCCCCCAUCUCUCCAAGACGAUGGUCUACCUGUACCAAGUGGAGAGGGGCUACCCGGUAGAGGUCUCCCUAAUCUGAAGGGGUUGCGUGCGUUUGUUGCAACAGACCGCCAGGCUGUGACUUAUGCGGCUGGGACAUGGCACGCUCCAAUGGUAGCUCUUGGUAAGAAGGAGACAACGUUGGAUUUCCUGGUUGUUCAGUUCUCCUCCGGCGUUGACAUCCAAGACUGUCAGAUCGUCACAUUUGAGGGGCAUGACUCUCAAGAACCUGACAUCAAAGUACGCGUUCCGCGAGGCGGAACCGUUACCGCCAAACUGUAG